GCUUUCUGCCGAGACUCGCCCUUGCCUUGACGCCGAUGCAGCUCUCAGCACUCGCGCCAGUUUAUUUCCCGGUGAUCGUCGCAGCCGAUUCCGCCGAGGCCCACAUCAUCGACGACAUCGCCAGCGAAGUUCACGACAUGAUCGCGGAGUACGACUCGGAGAUGCUCAGCGAGGCGGAGCAGGCGGCGAGCUUGGAGCACGAUGAGGACUUGCCCGAGUACGAUCUCCCAGCCGCGGUCGGCGCGGGCCCUGGACAAGGAGCAGCAGCUGCGUGACGCUCUGCACGCGCCUCCCUCGCCUCCCAAGGGCGACACCUCAGGCCGCCGUCGGCACUGAGCAACGCUCGGCCCACUACUGCCGCUCCUUGCCCCCUGGCUCUCCUGGGAGCAAAGAGCCGCUUAGCCUUGUACCAUCGCGAACAUGUAGCUGCAUUAGCUAGGACGCUUGAAAGUGCGUUCUCCAUUGCCACUGCCAUUGGCUCGCCGUGUGCAGAGGACGGUAUCGUUGAGGGUUGCUUCCUUGGCGCGCACUCCCAGUUACGAGUUAGCAUGUCUCUAGCAAGCACAUGUGUCAAGUGAGUUAAAGUACUUUCUUUGGGUGAGGUACAUCCCACAGCA